UAAAAUAAUAAUAAUGGGGAAGUCAAAACUGCACCGGGACAACUUCGUAUCCCUCUCUCCUCUGCGUGUCUCAUCAUGAGGCUGUGGGGCAGAGCAGCUGUCCGGAGGAGGGUGCUCUGCCUUUGGCUGCUGCUCCUCGGCUUCGCCCUGGUAACUCUGGCGCUCUCGGACCUGUUUAACCGGGACCGGAGCCACAAUAAUCAGAACCCAGGCCCUCCUCGGCGCCCCCUCCAGCGGAUUCCCAACGCACCGGACCUGGAGGUCAUCGUGGACUCCCGGGACCCUGCAUUAGAGCUCGGUGUCGAUCUCGCCCCGCUCAAAUCUCUGCAAGAGGACCAGCUUUUAUUCGUGCCAUCGACGCAGGGCACCAAGAAUCCGCCGCAGAAGAAGGGGAGUUACAAGGUGCUUCUGCCUGGAGCAAAUAAGGAUACCCGCGCCCCUGCGCCUAUGACGCACGGGGACAUGGGGAAAGCAGUGCGGCUACACCUGGAGGGCACGGAGAGGGAUCUGGAGGUUUCGGCGCUGCAGAAGUACGGUUUCAACGAGGUGGUGAGCGAGAGAAUUUCACUUCAUCGCAGGCUGCCCGAAACGCUCCAUCCCGAAUGUUUAGGGGAGCAGUACAGUGAGUCGCUUCCGUCUGCCAGUGUUGUUAUCUGUUUCCAUGACGAGGCUUGGUCCACGCUCCUGCGCACCGUGCACAGCGUGCUGGAUACUGCACCCAAACAGUAUCUGCAGGAGGUUCUGCUGGUGGACGACCUAAGCCAGCACGGCCACCUGAAGAGCGUGCUAAGUGAGUAUGUGUCCCAUCUGGACGGGGUGCGUUUGAUUCGCAGCUCUAAGCGCCUGGGUGUUGGAGGGUGCCGUACUCUGGGUGCAGCCAGAGCUGCAGGGGAGGUGCUGGUGUUCAUGGACUCCCACUGUGAGUGUCAGAAAGGCUGGCUGGAACCCCUGCUGGAGAGAGUGGCCCAGGACAGGACCAGAGUGGUGUCCCCCAUCAUGGAUGUGAUAGACUGGCAGACCUUUCAGUACAAUGCCACCCAGUGGCCAGUCAGGGGAGUGUUCGACUGGAGACUGGACUUCCACUGGGACUUUAACCCUCCUCUGCAAGAAAACGACCCAGACUCUGCUGUUCGACCUGUACAGAGCCCGGCGUUAGGAGGUGGAGUUGUGGCCAUCGACAGACAUUUCUUCCAGAGUGUGGGAGCCUACGACCCGGGGAUGCUGCUGUGGGGAGUGGAACAAAUUGAGCUGUCAAUCAGGGUUUGGUCAUGCGGAGGCUCCAUGGAGGUGGUUCCCUGCUCCCGUGUGGCCCACGUAGACCACCAACACCUGCCGUACCGCUUCCCAGACCAGGAGCAGCUUCAGAGGAACAAGAUCCGGAUUGCAGACACCUGGAUGGACGCAUACAGGAAGAUCUUCUACAGGAGAGACACUCUGGCUCACUUCAUCAGGCAGUCUGAGAGCCCUAACAUCACAGAGCGUCUGCGGCUAAAGAGGAGUCUGGGCUGCAGGAACUUCCACUGGUUCCUGACUACAGUUUAUCCACAACUUUACAUCCCCCAGGACAGACCUUCGCUGUCAGGAGAGCUGUACAAUGUGGGUACCGGCAGCUGUGCAGACUACCCCCGAGGACAGGGACUGCAGGACGGCGCCAUGAUCGUAACACCGUGCAGCGGGACGGGCAGCCAGCACUGCGAUCUAAACUCUGAGUUGGAAGUGCGAUGGGGUCCCAUGGGGGCUUUGUGUUUGGACGCGAACGGGGAGAGGGCGGUCUUGUCUCCGUGCCCCACACAUCGACCAACAAGCAGCAGACUCCAGUGGAAGUUCAUAAAGCUGAGCGGUCAACUCGUCCACCAGCAGUCCCAGUUAUGUCUGGAGGUCUUAAAGGAAGACAGGCUUCCUCAGAGCAGUCCAAGGGAAGUCAACACCCACACCAGGACAGGAAGUCUCUUCCUGCGCCCCUGCACCCAUCACCCCAGACAACAGUGGCACUUUGAGCAACUAGUAGCUCCUAAAGGUGCCUGAAACAGAAAGCAGGGAUUUGUGGAUUUUCUAGAUGUAAAUGCUAGACAUAAAUCAUCAUAUAUGUACUAUGAAUAGUGGCAUACAGUAGUUAAAUUGUGUAGAAAAAUGCACAAAACAUUACUCCACUCUGCUACUUUUUGUUCCUGUUUUAAGGAUUGCAAAUACGUUUUAUUGUGUUAAAUAAUAAACAGCCAUUUAUCGAAAAUAAUAGAAUGCAAGAUAUGAUUAUGUUGAAACAAAGUCUUUAUUUAAAAAAGCUUUUUUAGGAAGGAAUUUAUUGUAUUUAUGUACAUUUAAUCAAAUAUAGUGUGAAAAACAUGUAGAGAAAAUGAUCUUAACACAUGUUUUACUGAAGUAAAUUCUUUUAUGAAUUUAUGUGUG